CGAUCGUCCGACUGUUAACUUCGCCCGCGACCCUCUCUCCGAUUGCACUUGUUGUACUUUUGUUUUCGUUACAUCGUAGUACCUACUUGCAAGUUUAUAGUUUCAUCUGUAUAUUUAUAUACUUGUAGCUCGAUCGUGCGGAAAUCGGUACGUUCUCGAUAAGCUCUCGCUUGAGUUUGGUGUUUCGUUAUACCUCCUCGCCAAGGUACACAUUUUUGUAUAUUGUUGGGUUUGUUUUUUUUUUGUGGAAAGAAAAACUAAAAAAAUAGUACGAUGGCCAACAACCGAGCAACCAAGUCUGGAUUCGCCGCCGAAGCUCAGCGCAAAAUCAACAGCAAAUACAACGUAGAGCUGGCGCGAGAAUGCUUGGAAUGGAUAAAGACGAUCACCGACGAAAACAUCAACGUGAGCGGUGAUAUGGACAAUUUUUUCAAUGUCCUCGCGGACGGUACUCUUCUCUGCAAAUUGUCGAACUGCAUCAAACCGGACUCUAUAAAACGAAUCAACGUUUCGGACCAAACUUUCAGGCGCAUGGAAAACAUCAAUAAUUUCUUGAGGGUGGCCAAUGAAUUGGGCGUACCUUCGCAGGAGACCUUCCAGUCCGUCGAUCUCAUGGAGAGGCAGAACCUCAAUGCCGUCAUCAUAUGCCUCCAGUCUCUUGGCCGCAAGGCUAAAAACUACGGGAAACCGAGCAUCGGACCCAAGGAGGCCGACAAAAACAUCCGUAACUUUACGGAGGAGCAGCUCAAGGCCGGCCAGAGUAUCAUCAGCUUGCAAUACGGCAGCAACAAGGGCGCGACCCAGAGCGGCAUCAAUAUCGGCAACACUCGGCACAUGUAGACCACAGGCGAUGAUUAGCGGGGCGAAAUAAAUAAUAUAUAAGACACUUAAAGAAAUCAUACACAUGCAGUUAUACCUUUGCAAUAACAUACCGGGAGACAAAGGGGACCCCCGCGCCUCGUGUGUGUGUAUAUAUAUAUAUACAUUUAGUAUAUUUUCCUCCGGUUGGAAAGUAUACGUGAAUGUGGAUACAUACGUGUGAUUUUACAUGUUGAAAACAUUUUUUUUUUAUACCUAUGAUCAGAUAACAGAGGGAUACGGUUGAGUGAUGGGUGACAUUCUGUAAAACCUUUACGUAUCAGAGACGUUCACUUUUUUUUCUAAUUUCAUUUCGCUUCUCAGAAUGACUGCAAAGUUUUUGGAGAGUUAUCGUCUUGAAAAAUGGACUUUAAUUGAGUUAUACAUAUUUUUGGAGUUUUUUUCCUCUUUCAAUUCAGUUUUUGAAUUUCAAUUUUUCUCAAAUAAUGUGUACAGCGACACAAUCAGGGUAGCUCUUUUCUCAUCUAGAUUGCACGUAGAUCGUUGCAUGAAAACAAAUUUGUAUGAAAAAAAAAAAAAAAAAAAAAAAAAUUUAACUACACCAUACAUAUAAAAUUUCAGCGAAAAUAGUUUUAUGCAAUACCAACACAAUCAUGUGAAAAA